CGCUGCCGCUGUUGCCGCUUCUACCACCACCACUGCUACCACCACUGACACUGACACCGCGACGGCGACGACGACGACGACGAGCGUGAAAAAGAUGGCGGCGCUCAUCAGGCAUGGCUCGUUCGCCAACGCUUUUAGGAGUACCUCGGCUAUACUCGUCGCUAACACGACGGCCGCGCGUCGCGAUAUCGUCCGGCACAAGAUCGACAGGAGCAAGGUCCUCAAGCCGAAGGUGAAGACGACGAUCGGCUCGAUCGGGGAAUCCUUGGCCGCUCGCGGAUUUUUGAGGCCGCAGAAUGGUUAUGAGCCUCCCGAAGAUGUGGUUGAUAGGAUUAACAAAAUCUGUGAGAAACAAGCCAUUUCCACGCACGAUGACACAAAACUAGAAGAUCCUGUUCUUCGUUUCAAGUUAUUUGUCGCCUGCGAGGGAGAAUUUAAGCAUUCCAUCCCAAAUUCAUUGCUUUAUACCAUCGAGAGCAUCAAGGACUUGAAACAAUUUUAUACGACACUGGUAGACAAUACGACGCCUUACGAAACGUUAGGCAGAUUAGAUUUGCCAAAGAACUUGCACGUCCAACAGGAAUAUCAUCGAUUUCAUCCAGAUACCGAUACAUUAUUCAACGGCAGAACGGCCUUUCCGAAAAGUUCUACCCUUGUGACCAGUAUCAAGUAUAAGAAGAAAUAUCCUGGACAUAAGCAAACCAAUCCAUGGUUGAACGAGCAGAUGAAGCUCUAAUUAAUCUAUUGUCAGAUAUUAAAGAUAAUUAUAAUUAUAAUCUCAAAAGUAUCAUUAGGGAAUAAUAAAUUUGUUAA